AUGGCUAUCGGAGAGCUCUUAAUCGCCGCUUCAAUCAAGUUUCUAUUUGAGAAGUUGGCCACUUUAGCCUCCGGCGAACUGUCGAACUUUGCGCGCGGCUUCGGUGGAGAGCGGCGAAUUCGUACUCUGUUGACGAAAUGGAGCACAACUUUGGAAGAAAUUGAGGCAGUUCUCGUUGAUGCUGAUGAGAAGCAAGUCACCGAAAGAGGUAUUAAGAUUUGGCUUGAAGAUCUUCAGGACUUGGCUUAUGACGUCGAUGACAUACUCGACGAGUUCUCCACCGAAGCUUUGCGACCUAAGUCCAUGAUCACCACCAAGGUACGUGCACUAAUUCCAACCAAGAUUGUCAAAUUAGAUGAGAUCACUACCCUAUUCCAAGAUCUUUUGGAACGUAGAACUGUGCUCGGCGUGCAAAAGGUGGGUAGUAGUAGUAGUAAUGCAGGGACAUCUGCUAAAGCUUGGCAAAGACCACCCACCACAUGUUUGAUGAAUGAACCUAGUGUAUAUGGCAGGGAUGAGGAUAAAAAGAAGAUAAUUGAGUUGCUCUUACUAGGUGUUGAGGAGUUGAGCAAUUGCAAUAUUGGUGUAGUUCCGAUUGUGGGUAUGGGUGGGAUUGGCAAGACCACCCUUGCUCGGAUGGUAUACAACGAUGACAUGGUCGGGAAGCACUUUGAAAUAAAAGCAUGGGUUUGUGUCUCUGAAGAUUUCGAUAUUAUUGAUUGGAGCAGUUUGAAGAGUCCUUUCAACGAUGAAGCCCAAGGAAGUAAAGUCAUGGUAACAACACGUAACACAGAUGUUGCGUUGAUGCUAGGAACUGUGAAAUAUCAUCACUUGAAGCAAUUAUCAAUGGAUGAUGCGAAGCAAAUGGAAGAUCUCGGGCACGAGUACUUUCGGGAAUUGUUGUCUAGGUCAUUUUUUCAACCAUCAACUAGUGGUGAAAGCUCAAAAUUUGUGAUGCAUGACCUCAUCAAUGAUCUGGCUCAGUUUGUUGCAGGAAAAAUUUGUUUUAGACUGGAGGAUAAGUCGAAAGUUAACGAGCAGUACAAAAAUCUCAGUGAGGCUUGCCAUUCAUCAUACAAGCGGGACAAAUAUGAUGGCAUCAAAAAGUUUGAGGCCUUUUAUGAUGCCAAGCAUUUACGUACCCUUGUACCAUCUGGAGCAUAUCAUGGACAAGCUUAUUUGACCAGCAAUGUUCCCCAUGAUUUGUUGCCAAAGCUUAGACGUUUACGCGUGCUUAGUUUUUGCGGAUAUAAAAUAGGUGAACUGCCAAGUUCGAUUGGACAUUUAAAGCAUUUGAGGUAUCUUAAUCUUUCUCAUGCCCUGCUUUGCUCAUUACCUGAAUCACUGUGUACUCUAUACAAUCUACAAACACUCCUAUUAAGAUAUUGCAUACAUAUGGAGAAGUUGCCUUCAGGCACAGGAAACCUAAUUAACUUGCGUCAUCUCGACGUUACUGGUGCAAAUUCCUUACAAGAAAUGCCACCAAAAAUGGGUCAGUUAACAAGUCUCCAAACAUUAUCAAACUACAUUGUUAGCAAAGGAAAUGGGUUUAUGAUAAGAGAGUUGGGGAACUCAAUUCAUCUUAGAGGGGCACUUUGCAUAUCCGGAUUGGAUAAUGUGGUGGAUGUUGUGGAUGCAAAGGCCCCUAAGUUAUAUGAGAAGCAGGGCUUAAAUGAGUUAUUGAUGGAAUGGAGUAACACUAAUUCAGAAGAUUCACGAAAUGAAAAGGUUGAAUUAGAAGUGCUUGACAUGCUACAACCGGACAAGAAGGUUAAAGUACUUUCCAUCAGUGGUUGCUAUGGUCCAAUAUUUCCAACUUGGGUUGGAGAUCCUCAGGUUUCUAAUAUGGUGAAGUUAGUGUUGAAAAAUUGUGAAAAAUGCACUUGCUUACCACCUCUGGGGCAAUUACCCUCACUUGCAAAACUUUUCGAGGAAUGA